AUGGCUCGUUCCUCGACAGAAGUCGAGAAAUAUGGCUACGAAGACUACCGAUUUGAGAAACAUGUCGACGAAAAUUUUCAUUGUUCCAUCUGCUACAAUGUUCUUAAAGAACCGAGGAUGUGCAGAAAUAAUGAACACGUCUUUUGUCUCGCCUGUAUCACUCAACAUUUGAAGGUAAAUUCUCAAACCUGUCCUGAAUGUAACGAACAUUUGAGUGUAUAUACUCUUUGUCGACCGCGGUUAGUGAAUAAUUAUUUAUCGAAGCUGAAGAUUAAUUGCGAUUAUGCCAGUCGAGGAUGUGCUCGGUUUAUUUGUCUUGAAGAUCUCGAAAAUCAUGUUGCAAGUUGUGGUUUUGCUCCUGUGUUUUGUUCAAAUGAAAAUUGUGGCAUGAAGAUUAACAAGCAAGAGAGAGACCAUCAUGAGAUUGUGGUUUGUGAAUAUAGGAAAAUGAACUGUCACGACUGCGAACAGAUACAGGAACUUGUGGGGAAAUUGGAAGGAAGUUUGAUUGAUAAGAUGCAGAGAAAUCAUGUUGAAAUGGAAAAGGUUGUGGGAAAAUUGGAAGGAAGUUUAGUUGAAAUGAAUAAGAAGUUCAUUGGAAAAGUGGAAGGAGCAAGAGAUGAUGCAAGGCAGGAAAUAAAACAAGUGAAGAAUGAAGUAGAAGAAGUUAAAGAAGAAGUAAAAUGUGUGAAAGCAAAUGUUUCCAAAGUGAACAAGGACAUGGAUGAAGUCAAAGCCAUGAUGAGUCAAAUGCUAACAAAGUUAAAAAUGCCCGAACUGCUGAACAAUCUACCAUUUCCAACUGAGGGAGUAUUAAAUACACCAAGAGGAGAUAUUUUGAUAGCAGGUGGCAACGGACGUUCCAGUGAAACUGGAAAAAGUGCAGAAAUAUAUUCCCGGGAGAGAAAUUGUUGGUUUGAAGUGUCACCAAUGAAUGGAAGGCAUAUAAAAGCUUCGUCAUUUAUUUAUGAUAAUCUGUUAUUUGUUGUUGGGGGAAAUUAUUCUGAGAUGAUAGAGACCUUGGAUCUCAAUGACUUGCCCUUGAGAUGGUUGGAAUUUCCUGAAGAGCUGCCGUGUAAGAGUGAUGCUCAUCAAACAGUUGUUUGCGACCAGCGUAUCAUUCACAUUGGUGGAGAUUUAUAUACAAAAGGACGGUCCAAUACGAUUAGUGAACUACAACUUACCUCGCCACCAAUUAUGAAAGAAUUCAGCCAUAUGUCAAAGUCGCGAUAUUGUCACGGUGCUGAGGUAUUUGAAGACAAAGUCUUGAUCUUUGGAGGAGUGAAUGAGCAUUCCGAAGUGCUUAACAGUGUGUUGGAGUUUGAUCCAAAGAAGAAUGAAUGCAAAGAGAUGCCACUGUUGCCAUAUCCUGUGACACGAAUGGGAACGGCUCGUUGGAGAGAUAGAGUCUAUGUCCUUGGAGGUCGCGAUAAGGAUGGUCAAGUUCUGAAUGAUGUUAUCAUGUAUCACUGCAAGACGGGCAAGACCUCAUUCCUACCAUCCAUGCUGAAAAGGAGAUCCGAUUGUUGUGCAGUUGUUACAGGAGAUCGAAUUGUAGUCAUGGGAGGUGAGAAUGAGAAGUAUGAAACUCUUAAUUCUGUGGAGUGUUUUAAUAUGAGAGGUUCAAGAUGGAAAUAUCUUCCUGCCAUGAAUGAAGCCAGGUGGGGUGCAGUUGCUGAAGCUUUACCUGCCAAAGGUUUGACAUGA